GAGGAGAGACAGACAGCGGGAGGAGAGACAGACAUUGAGAGGAGAGACAGACAUUGAGAGGAGAGACAGACAGGGAAUAAUCCAGAAUGAUUUGUCUCUCCACUCUGUGAGCAGCCACUUCUUUGCACACUGAUCAGUGUGACAGCGGGACAGUCCAGUGGGACAGACAUACCAUGGUCUGGAAAGGGACGAAGAAGAAGGACAAAAGAAAAGGGAAAGAGUGACUGGAGAACAGCAUUGUGUGCUGUGAGGCAGAAAUAACAAAGGAGCACAUUAAGAGGGUAGAAAAGAGAGACAGACACCGAAAGAGGGGGAAGGAGACAGAAGAAGACAACUGCAAGGACAAAAACUCUUAAUGUUCCAAAAACCAGAAGGAAAAAGAGAGUUGGAUGACAAAACCUGACGGACGCAAAAUACUUCUUCAACACUCGUCUACACAUGAGAGGAAGAGACGAGAGACGAGAAGAGAAGCAGGCGAGAAGCAAGAGGGACGGAAAGGAGGGCAGCAGGAGGAGGAAGAAGACGAAGAAGUACACAGAGGUAAAAGAAGAAGGAACGAGGGACCCAGUCUAACCCUGGACUGUCUAACCAGUGCACCUCCUCAGCCCAGCAGGGAACAUGUCCAAGUCCGCCUCACGUCUGGGUCGACCCGGAUCAGCGAGCCCCAGCUUGAGAAGGGAGCCUCAGACUAAUCGCUCAUGCAUGCUGCGGAUCGGAGAGAGGCUGAUGAGGGCAGGCAGUGAGGGGAACCUGGUCCAGAGACCCCUACCAGCCCAGAGCCGGAGCCGGAGCCAGGCUUCCUCGGCUGGAUUAGGGCAAGGAUCGACUGGACAGACGUAUCCUCCAGCCCUGGAGGACAAACCCACUGAGGCUACAGGAAAGAACUCCAGCAAAGAUCCAGGAAACUCCCUGUCCAGAGUACCAUCUUCUUCUACUGCUGUGGACAGCAGCACUGAGCGUCUGUCCAACAGCAGUGUGCUCUCUAAGCCGGACUUCUUCUCCUCCUGUGGUCCAGCUCCACGCUCUCCCAGCACCUUACCUCGAAGCUACAUCACUGCUGUUUGUGCCACCAGCAGGGACGGCCAGCUGGACAGCCUGGUGCUGCAGCACUCUGAGAGGAAGAAGGAGGCCUUCCUGGACCACCUGAGGCAGAAGUAUCCUCACCAUGCUGCCAUUAUCAUGGGACACCAGGAGCGCAUGAGGGAACAGGCGUGGAGUCCCCGGCCCUCUGAAAGCCCCCCCUGUGUAGGUGUGCUGGGCUUGGUGGAGCAGCAGGACCCGCUGGCUUCAGAGACCAUGUCUGAUGGAGAGGUGCUGCCCCCCACAGUCCCCUUUACAAGGGGCUGCAAAGCCAGAUCAAGUCUACCUGUGGGCCGGUCAAGUGGUCAGACAAGAGAGAGGCUGCCUGGUGUGUUGUACCUGCAGUAUGGGGAGGAGACAAAGCAGGUCAGGAUGCCUGCUGAGAUCAGCAGUCAGGACGCGCUGCAGGCUCUGUUUGUCACCGCCUUCCCUCAUCAGCUCACCAUGAAGAUGCUGCAGUCUCCCAACAUGGCCAUCUACAUCAAAGACACCAGUCGCAAUGUCUACUACGACCUGGACGACAUCAGAACCAUCACAUCCCACUCCUGUCUGAAGGUUUAUCAUAAAGACCCAGCACACGUGUUCAACCGCCAUGCCAGGCCUGCCAACACGGAGGGACGGGUCUCCAAAGACGUGUUGUACAGCAGUCACAGUCCAGUCCACACCCUGUCUUCUUCCAGCCGCAGCACCCUGCACAACCUGCAGGGCUCCAUGUCCCCACCCAUGGUCCGCUCCAUGCCCUCGUCUCCCUCCAGGAUGGCAUACGGUGGGGGGACCACAGGGGCGAGGAUGGGGAUGGUGGAUCCAGGCAGCGCCACGUUGCCACGGGAACGCCUGUCAGGAGCGGGGCGAUCCAGCUCCCUCACCAGCAGCAGUGCUAUACUGGAGAGGAGAGACGUCAAGCCUGAUGAGGACCUCGGCAGCAGUAAGAGCAUGGCCCUGGUGGUGUGUGGUGAAAGAGGACCACAUUACCCAGACUCCUACUGCUCCUCCCUGCAGGACGGAGGAGGUGGUCGCCUGAGCAUCGCCUCCUCCCAGUGUAGCGCUACUCCUUCUCUCUCAUCAGACAUGGUGGAUGCCGGGGUCACAGGGAUCCUGGGGGGGCUGCAGCAAUACCGGGCCUCCGUUAAACCCCUGAUGGGCUACGGAGAGAGCAUGGAGCACUGGACCCGCUCCCUCCACAGGCAGAAGAGCAGGAAGUAUGGAGACAGCCAGCUUCAUCCACUGGGAACCAAAACCCCGCCCCCUUCCCCUCACAGAGUUAAUGAGGUCAGGAUGAUUGACGGACACAUCAUUGGGGGGGUAGGCCUGGUGUCUCCAGAGAGGAUGUCACCGAUUCGCCGGUCCCUGCGGCGGGACAGUAACGGAGCCCUGGUGGAGAUCGUAAACCGAAGCAGAGGAAGUGGCUCGACGUCCUCUACCUCGUCUGUUUUUGUGGACAGCCCUCUGGGACAACCUGAGAGACUGUUGGAAGGUCAUGUGACUGCCGGCAAUGCCCAGAGUGAGAGAAUGAAAGCCAUGGAGCAGCAGAUAGCCAGUCUAGCAGGUCUGGUGCACAGUGCUCUGUCUAUGGGAGCAGAUAUUCCAGGAGUCCAGGACACUGUCAGUGAGGAUGCUGGACGCAGACUCCUCAACAGCAGACCUGGAGCAUCAUCUGAGCCUCAGGUGCCUGCUGCUGUGAUUGACAGCUUCAGCCCCGCCCCUCUGGUGCUCCAGGCCCCUCCCUCUGACGGCGGGCUGCAGCACAGCUUGGUGUUAGCAAAGAGAAAUGUGUGUGAGAUGCGUCUGCAACUCAACCAACUCAGACACUUACAGCUGUCAAACCAGCAGAGCGUGACUUCAAUGCUGCGGAUGGCAGGUCAGGAGCUGGUGGUGCUGAUGUAUGAUCGGCUGGCUCAUUCUGAGGAGGCGGUGUACAGACGGAGAGCUGACAUGGAGGAGGAGAGGAUCCACUACCUGGCUACAGAGGAGAAAAUACUCACGCAGCUCCAUGAACUGGAGGACUAUGUGGACUGUUUGCAACAUGGCUCCGCCUCCAGUCCCGACCAGCUGUCAAUCAAUCUGAGAGACGUGGAGGAGGGAGCAGUCAACCUGCGGAGGGUUGGAGAAGCUCUGGCCAUCCUUAAAGGUGAGUUUCCAGAGCUGCAGGUGAAGCUGCGCUCCGUGCUGAGGUUGGAGGUGGAGGCGGUACGUUUCCUGAAGGAGGAGCCUCAUAAGAUGGACUCCAUGCUGAAGAGGGUCAAAGCCCUGACUGAAGCCCUCAGUCGUCUCCGCAGGUGUGUGUCAUCAGAGUCAACCCCCCCAGCCAGAUCAGCCCAGAUGGAAACAGACCAGAGACCCCUGAAGACCCAGAGCCCCCAGAGCUCCCCCAAACCCCAGCCUCGGUCCUCAGUCAGACCUCCGCUGCCCACCCCCUCUCUCUCUGGGAGUCAGGCUGAGGUCAGCCUGGCGGGCUCAGCCUCCCCCAUCAUGGCCCACAGAGUGAACACAGCAGCCACAGUGAUCCAGCCCUCCCACCACCACCACCACCACCACCCCAGCCCCCCACUGACACCCUCCCAUGGACGGGAUUCACCCACCGUGGCCAAGGUGAGUCCUCGCAGCAGAGAGGACAGCCCUGUCCUGCACAAGAGACAAGGUCCUCUGCAGUCACCGGACCGAACACAGUACAGCCUCGCUGACCACACCAGCAUGAAACCCACACAGACACACACUGAGACUACACAGAGACCAACUCCAGAGGGCAGUCUGAGUGUAGAAACCAGCAGUAUGAACCAGUCCAGCCAAGCCAACCAACCAGCUAGCUAUGACUCCAGUCAGCCUCCACCCCCCAACACCAGCACGGACCUGGACCAGGUCCUCCAGGAAGCCCAGGCCAGCCUGAUGAAGUCCAUCCCUGAUCUGAAUGUGUCAGAUACCAGAGAGGGUAGCUGUGAUUCUGCCCCAGGACAGAUAACGUCCACUGCAGCUCUGGACCCGACACUGCAAGCCUCAGUGGAGCACCGGGCACUUCUGUCUGGUUUCCAGGAGGACACCCCCCCCCAGCUGAGUGAUGAGGUGGACUCCACCCAGUUAGAAGUCACAGACACAGCUCCUCCAACGGCUCCUUCAUCAGCUGCACCCUCAGCUCCUCCAUCAGCUCAUCCAUUAGCUGCUCCCUCAGCUCUUACAUCAGCUCCUCCAUCAGCUCCUCCAUCAGCUUCUCCCUCAGCUCCUCCAUCAGCUCCUCCAUCAGCUUCUCCAUCAGCUCAUCCAUCAGCUCCUCCAUCAGUUGCUCCCUCAGCUGCUCCAUCAGCUUCUCCCAGCACAGAGCGCAGCAGCCGGCCACAGGUGGAGAAACCCCGCCGCACCAGUGUGGACAAGGAGAUGAAGCCGAGUCCAGACAGGGCCGGCAAGUCUCCUCCUCCUCCUCCUCCUCCUCCUCCUCCUCCACGAAGGUUCCAUCCUGUCAGUUCAGGUCUAACCACGGGAAGGUCAGGAGAGGUGAUUUUCACCACCAGGAUAGAGCCGGUUGGAGCCCAGGACGACGGUGAGAAAGAGAAAGUUCCUCAGCCCAAACCCCCAAGACAGCCUCCAGAGGUCAAACCCAAACCCCAGAUGUGUGCUCCUGCUCCUCUGGCUGGUUUCACCUCCACCCUUCCUGCAGCCUCAGCACCGAAGGAGGAUGAGGAAGAAGAGGAGGAGGACAACAAAUUCAUGAAAGAGCUGCAGGUGUUUCACAUAUGCACUAUGAGGGAUGCAGGGAGCAAAGGUGUGGUUGAACUCUCAGCCUCUGAGCUCCAGAGUAGAGAGAUGAAGUCUGAGGUGACUACAAAACUGUCAAAUAAGACUAAUUUGUCAGGUGGGAAUAAGCAUUGGAAUGGAGAGGUGAGGACAUCUCCAACAUGCCAGGCCAAUCUGAAGCCUUCAUCUGACAACCAGUCAGCUCAUCAGAUGGGAAUUACACAUGGCUGCCCUCAUGGAUUCAUUACAGCAGUUGGCCUGGAAGAACACAUUGAAAUUAGGAAAGACUAUGUAAAUCCUGAUAAGACGAAGGAGGAAGCAGCAAAGAAUGUGAUCAAACAAGUGCCUUCCUUAAACUGUGCAACAAUAGAGAAGGUCGAGGUGCCCCCACCUGUAACUUUACAAGAUGUUCAGACUAUCCAGAAGAAUGAGGAGGUACCAACACCAAACCCAAAGAAAGCAGAGAAAAUGGAGGCCCUUACAGUUACAACUUCACAAAAAGAAAAUGAUCUUAGAGUAAAAAGUCCUGAUCAGAUUAGCGAGGAGGUUGUUGGACAGGUGUGCUCCCCAACCACAGCAGAAAAGAAGGUCAAGUUCACAACAAUUGUUACUCUACAAAAAGAAAACACUCAAGCUACUGACAUCACAAGUUCUGACCAGACAAACAAAAAAGUUGUCAAAGAGGUACCAGCUGAGAAGAAGUCAAAUUUGAUGGUAGUAGUAACUUUACAAAAACAAAACACCCCAGAGGAUUGCUUGAUUGAGGUCCAGCAGGAUCAGUCCCUGAGCUCAGAUCAGGAGUGUGUAGCUUAUUCUCCUGUCCCCUACAACCACAGCAGCAUGCAGAAAAACCUGGACGCAACAGUGCACGAAUCCAGGGACCAAUCACAAUACACAGAAGAAGGAAGUAGCCUGAGCCCCGAUAUUUGGGACAAUGAGGGACCUCCUCCUCCACCACCUCUGACUGGUAAAAUCAGCCUUAGAAUCUCCAGGGCCAGGAUUCCAAGAGUCAGGACACAGCCCAAAGAGGAAGACCAAGCUGAAAUGAGUGGCUCUGACAUACAGACUGUAGCUUGGGACAGCACUGGUGAACCCACUUAUCUGGCACAUGAGAACCAAGGGUUUGAGGACAGUGAAUACUCUGAUAAGAAACCUAUUAUCGUUUUCUUGAAUGAGCCUAUGGACAUUGCGUUAGCCUACAAGCGUCUGUCUACCAUCUUGGAAUGUGAGGAAGAUCUUGAUGGGGUUCUCCCUCCAGAACAUAUUGUAGAUGAAGAGGAGUCAAAGCAGGAAGAAGAGAAACAGGAUGUGAGAAAAAUUUGCAUCAACCAAAUGAGUAUGGGCUUAGACCUUAAAGACGUCACAGGAAAUGGUCAGAUUUCUCUACAUAUGCAACAUCAAAGACCUCCAGCAGAUAAUGUCUCAAUUCAUGAAAACCAAGACCAGGGUAAACCGGACUCACUUAGAAAGCCAGAGACCAAAAGGAAAUUCAAAUUUAAGUUCCCCAAAAACAAACUGACUGCAAUUAGUCAGGCCAUUCGAACAGGGUCGACCAAAACAGGAAAGAAGACUCUCAAGGUUGUUGUCUAUGAGGAAGAGGAGGAGAUAGCAUCAGACAGCAGGCCAGUGAAGGAGACCAAGAAGCAGACAAAAGAAUCCAAGAGGUUUGAGACCAACAGUCCCAAACAAUUCAACUUCGGUGAAGGCAAUGACAGAAGCAUCAAGGUGUCCCCUCCAACUGAUACCAGACACCCCCUGGGUGCGCUCUGCAAGAGUACAUUUGACUCUAUUGACAGUCUACAAGAGUCCAUUAAACAGUUGGAAAUCAGUGUGGACAGUAUGUCUUCCGCUUCCUCCCCCUCCAGCAUUGUGUCUUCACCUCCUCAGUCCCCUGAUUCUUCCUUUGACUCCACUGACAGAGCUCAGCUUAAAGGCAAAGUCAAACGGGAAAGGGAGAGAAGCCCAUCUAAGAGGCCAGCCUCUCAGAUCCUCAAGGGCCCAAAUCCACCUCAGAGUAAGAGGGCCAAACCACAGCCUCCACACGACACAGGGAAAACCUCCAUCAAGAAACAGACUUCCAGCAGUAGCACCAGCUCUUCUGCUCAGCGAUCCCACACCAAGUCUCGCCAUUCGCCCUCCUCUUGCUCACCAGAGAAGACACCUAAGGGCCAGCAGCAGGCCUCCCAGCAGCAGCCCAGCCAGCCACGUCUUGUCGCCAUCCCACGCUAACGUCAGCCCGGCCCAACAUGGGCCUCGCAGCAGCAACAAACGCCAGCAACGCCUCGUCCUCAUCUCCACCUCCACCUCCACCUCCACCUUCCAACACA